UAAAAAAUAUAUUUGAUCAAACCGUCUCAGUUGUCGGUGAGACCGGCUGGGCGGAUCCCACGGUAUUGAAAGAGAAAAUAAAGCAACACGAUAAAAACACCUUGGAUAUUCAAUUUCUCUGGUGAACAAGCUUUCUUGUGGAUACAUAGAGCAUAAAGGUGGAGGAGGAGGUCUUGCAGAUCUAUGUCCAGAUACAGUGUCGGGGGUGAGAAAAUGUAAUACAAAAAGAUGCCCGCAGCAAUGAACGGCAACAGGACAGUGCAGUCGGCCAGCCCGGACGUGGGAUCCAUUCCUGGACAGAUCACCCUGGGUGGAGGGCAGUCCUCUGGGGCCCAGACCGAGGCCAUGAAGCAGGUUCUUGGCGUCAUCGAUAAGAAGGUCCGCAACAUGGAGAAGAAAAAGGGCAAGCUGGAUGAUUAUCAAGCCAAGAAAAAUAAAGGGCAGCGUCUCAACCAGGACCAGCUGGAUGCCCUGACCAAGUAUCAGGAAGUGACUAAUAAUCUGGAGUUUGCCAGAGAGCUACAGAAGAGCUUCCUCGCACUGGGGCAAGAUAUCCAGAAGGCAGUGAAGAAGGCAGUGCGGCGGGAGCAGCUCCAGAGAGAGGAGGCUGAGCAGAAGAGACUGAAGACUGUGCUGGAGCUCCAGUUCCUCCUGGACAGGCUGGGAGAGGACAGUGUAAGGCAGGAGUUGAGACAGGGGGCCACCGGGGGAGGCACACCCUCACUCCUCACAGACUCAGAGCUCACCAACCUGGAUGAGCUUUACAAACUAGUGGGGCCAGAACGAGACCAAAACACCAGGUUGUCUGACCAGUACGAAGAGGCUUCUCAACACUUCAUGGAUCUGUUGGAGGGGAAGGACAAGGCUGUAGCAGGAACAACAUACAAAGCUCUGAAGGACAGCCUGGACCGGGUGCUGCUAAGCGGGUACUUUGACAAAGCCCAGUCCCACCAGAAUGGAGUGUGUGAGGAGGAGGAGGAGCAGCAGUUGGAAGCAGUAGUGGAGUUGGCAGAGGAGCAGACCGUCGACCAAGAGGGUGAAAUAGUUGAAGAUUACAUAGAGCCCAUUAAGGUGGAGGCUACAGAGUUCGUAAACAGACAGUUCAUUCCAGACACCAUGUACAGCAUCAGUGACAAGGAGCAAGGAGAAAAGUGGACGACAGAAACAGAGGCGGAGAGUGUCAUCCAGCAACAGCCUGUACAGUCAGCCCUUCCCCCCAAUGACUUGGAGACCCUCUCCCUGAACGUGGCCACAGUCACACCCCCGGUGGUCAGGAAGCAGGCAGUCCAGGACCUCUUGUCACAGAUGCAGGGGCCUUACAACUUCAUGCAGGACUCUAUGCUGGAGUUUGAUGGCCAGCUCAUUGACCCAGCCAUCGUGUCAGCCCAGCCCAUGAAGCCUGCAGCUCAGAACAUAGACCUUCCUCAGUUGGGCUGUCCCCCAGUCCAUCUAAAAUCACGCCUCUCACCACACAACACCGUCCCGGUACAGCCUGAGCCCAUGCAGGUUCCCUUGGUGUCCCCCACGCCUGAGUCGUACACCACCCCGUGCCCCAUGUACCAGUCAUCACACACGCCAGAAACACGCCCACAUGCGGACUCCAUCGACACCAUCCAGGAGUCCAUGUCCCUGUCAUCAGAGCAGCAGCAGGUCUUCCAGUCUGUCAACGUCUCCAAACCCCCACACAUCUCCGGCAUCAAUGUCAAUGCAGCACCAUUCCAGUCCAUGCAGACAGUGUUCAACCUCAAUGCCCCUGUCCCGCCGGCCAAUGAGGCGGAAGCCUUGACCCAGGCCAGCCAAUACCAGAACAGCUACAGCCAGCAGGGGUUCAGCAGCCAAUCACAGCAGCUCCCUGUGGAGCAGACAGAGAUGCAGACUGACCAGCUGCAGUCUGUGGUUGGUGCCUUCCACUCCCAGGACCCAUCCCUGCCCAGCCAGGCUCUGCCCAGCCAGGCUCUGCCCAGCCAGGCUCUGCCCAGCCAGGCUCUGCCCAGCCAGGCUCUGCCCAGCCAGGCUCUGCCCAGCCAGGCUCUGCCCAGCCAGGCUCUGCCCAGCCAGGCUCUGCCCAGCCAGGCUCUGCCCAGCCAGGCCCUGCCCAGCCAGGCCCUGCCCCAGGGUCAGCAGGGUCCAGGGUUCAUCCCCGCGGCUGGUCGCCAGGCCCAGUCCUUCUAUAACAGCAGAGGCAUGACCCGCGGAGGCCCCCGUAACGCCCGCGGCAUGGUCAACGGAUACAGAGGGCCCUCCAACGGAUUCAGAGGUGGAUAUGACGGUUACCGACCUCCCUUCGCCAACACUCCAAACUCUGGAUAUCAACAGGCUCAGUUCAACACCCCUCGGGAUUACUCCAAUGGUGGCAACUACCAGCGGGGGGAUGGUUAUAAUCAGAACUACAAGCGUGGAGCAGGCCAGGGAUCCAGAGGGAUGUCUCGAGGAGGCAAUGCCCAGGCCAUGAGGUCCUGAUCGGGCCUGUGUUUGACUGUCCCAAUUCACCCCUUCCCCUUGGCCCUAACAUUUCAAUGUUUGCAGAAACGUCUGGUACGUAUAACGGUGUAGUGGUGGACUUAUUUACUUGGUUAUAUUUUUCCUGGGUGGGGCAAGUUGAAGGGUCAUGGCCAAGGUGGGGGGUGGGGUAAGGAACGACUGGAACAGAUUUUGACUGACAACUUUCCACACCACACUAAACAUUCGAGAUAUCCAGAAUGCAUUUUGCCCCAUCACUUUUAUUUGUCCUUUUUGUUUCUCAUCAGUGGUAUUUUUCCUGGCUUUUGGAUCAAAGUAAUGCCUGCUUUGAUAUUGAAAAAAUAUUAAUGUUUUAAAAUGAGACUGAAUACACAAGCCAAUCUGUAAAUCCUUAGUGUUACAAUGGUUUUAAGCAAGCCUGUAAACUUGAAAGAUUUCAUUGAUUUAUUUAUUUUAUAAAAUAAAACAUGCCACUGCUGGUCCGAGCCCCCGGGAGUGUUUCUUUCUCUUGCCCAGUCCCCCCUUUUUUGUUUUGUUCACAUAUCAUCUUUGUUCUAAAAAGCAUUUUUGUUAUGUUUUUAAAAGAAGCUCCCAAUUCCUCAGUUUGUAAAUUGAUGUUGCUUCAAAAGUUUCAAUAAAGAUGUUGCAUUACCCAUGA